AUGGAGGAGAGCAACCCAGAAGCUCCCAGGCUAAUAGAAGGAGGGGAAAGAUCUGGAAAACUGCCUCGCGUCAUUCAAGUCGGGACCAUCCGGGAGCUUCUCAACUGGGCCGCACCACUGGAAGUGAAAGAGGAGCCGGACGAAGGCUUAGCGCAACGAUGGGAAGCCCAGUGGCAGGAGUUCCUCAGAGCCAUGCAGUCUCCUCAGCUGGGGUGGGGAAGCCCACAGUUGAUGGAGGACGCUGCGCUAUGGGGAGAUAACAAGGCCUUCUUCGCCUCCUUCGAGCGACUGGCCGCGACCUGCCAGCUGCCCCGUCGGGAGUGGCUGGCCCGCUUGCUGCCCGUCCUGAGUCGAGAGGCCAGAGAGGCCUACAGCAACCUCAGCCUCCAAGACCGGGGGGAAUACGCCAAGGUCAAAGCGGCCAUCUUGCGGGUGGAUGCCGUCAAGAUGGAGACGCAGCGCCUGCGCUUCCGGCAGUUCCGCUACCACGAGGCGAAGGGGCCCCGGGAGGCUUGCAGCCAGCUCCGCAAACUCUGCCACGGAUGGCUGAAGCCGGAGAAGCGCACCAAGGAGCAGAUCCUAGACCUGCUGGUCCUCGAGCAGUUCCUGACCGCCCUGCCCAAGGAGAUCCAGAACUGGGUCAGGGAGCACGAUCCGGAGACCUGUGCUCAAGCAGUGCCCCUGGCGGAGGAUUUCCUGCUGAGGCGGCAAGAGGCAGAAAGGAAGGAAAAACAGGCAGAGGCUGGAGACCAGAGUGGUGAACUGGCCAGAGGCAAAGCCAUCUCCUGCGGGCUCUGGGCUGAAGCGGUUCUGCAGGGAGGCUAA